CGGUUCGUUUCUUUUCAACCAUCAUUCACUUUCCAUUAGGUCCUGAGUACACCUGUACUUUUAACUUUAGAUGUCCUCGAGACGUGGCAGGUCAAGGCUGACCCUGGACGCGGCACACAUCGUAGUUGUGCACACUUACCUCGCGUUUUCGGCGUUCUUUUCUGCACUCAUUAUAGGAUGUGUACUUCACUACCGGAAGAUAGUAAAGAAUGGAGUUGCAGGAUACCCAGAAGAGUGGUUUCCAUCUGUUUCUGCUACCAUUGGUGAUUGGUACCCAGAACGAAAUAUCUUCCAGAUCCUGAUUGCUUUGAACUCUGGUCCACGUUUUGCUUUGGUUUUUCUACAGUAUUAUCUGCAACGUUCUGCGUAUUCCAGCCUUCCUGGGUUCUUGCUCUUCGUAGGAACCCUACGAACACUCUCGUGUGGUGGCUGGGUUUAUAUCACCUCCAGUGACGAUCAUGACUGGCAUGACAUACUCAUGAUCAUGUACAUUGUAUGUAAUAUACCGUGGAUGUUUGGCAGUAUUGCCGCCACUCCUGCCCAAAAUACCACAAGUCGCAAACGAAAACAACGGAUUGCAGCUGCAUUCUGGCUCGCUCUCUUACCUAUGAUAUAUUUCUUCAUUCAACACAAGGUGCACCGUAUACCGGGAGCGUACACGCGUUACAGCUUCUUCGAGUGGUCUCUAAUCAUACUGGACAUCAUGUUCGACUCCGUCGCCGCAUCAGACUUUCGCGCAGCCAAUCUACAGAUAUCCAUUGGAAUAUCUCUCGAUUCGCCUACUACGAGAGACUCUCACAACAUUGCGAACAAAGCAAAUAUUGAUGUCGCCAUUGAGAAGGCAAAUCCUGUUGUAAACGGCAAAGGCGACGAGAACCCAGUGACAUAUCCUCAGCAACAAGUCAAAACUGCUAAGGCUCCCAACAAGACCUCUAACUUGAAUGCCGUUGCAAACCGACUGCAACCUACCGUGAACUUCUUGUGCGACCUUUAUCUCUCAUUCGUUCAUUGGUCUGUGUUUACGUCCUUGACACCAACACUGUUCUACUUCUCUGUCUGGGAACUGGGGAUUGCAGGUCACGAAUUUAGUCUCCUUUCAACCCUAUCGCCCCUCCUCCUACGGUACCCUGUAGUCCUUGAUGUAGCCUCUAUGAAGAUCGGACGAACACUACUGCACAUCCUGACACUGUUCGGAUUGCUGGCUUAUGCGUCAAAGAAUCCGCUGGCUCGGCUUCUCAUUGUCGCGUUCGCGAACGCCGCCUUGUCGAUCGGGGUUGCGGUUGACUGGUCUGCACCAGUGUGCGGUGUAGGAUAUCAAGCAACAAUCACCGGUCUGGGCUUUCUGCUGACGUCUGUGUCCAAACAUGCAAACCACUCAAACAUUCCUAUAUGGCCUAUCGUCAACGAAGCCUCUGGAGGAUACAAUAAGACGGGAAUUGCAUUAGCCUGUUUCGCCAUCUAUAACAUCUACACUCGCUCCUCCCCUUCCGAUGAACUACCAAUGGAGAAGAAGGACCCCAUAGCAACGGCACCUAUUACUGCUCGAAAGUAUUGGAUACUUGAUGCCUUCGGAUUAGGAUCUCUUAUUUUCUCCCUUCACUCCCUGUUGGCGGACCCGAGCACCCUGAUUGCCUGGUCAUGGACUGGCUACCCUAUCAAAGGGCCUGUACCACACUUGCAUGGUUCUCUCACCCACAUUGCCCAAGCUGUCGGUCUUCUCAUCCCUCUAGUCCUAUCCAGCCUCGGAUCGAGUUGGGACCCUUUGACUCAUCCAUUGUGGUUCGUCUAUGGUGGUCUCAGUACAUGCGUGAUGUACAGCUAUAGUGACUGGCUUGGGUACUUCGGUGGGCUGAACUUGACAGUAUUCCUUAUGUCCAUAAUCCCUGUGAUUCUCUUCCGUGCGGCUUCCAGUGGUUCGGUUGCGAAGACAUACUCGAUUGCGAUGCUUGUCGUCAGUCUGUUCUAUGUCACAAGUGUCUUCACAGUUGCAUAUGCAUUCGUGCCCGGUGGCCAAUACUUCAGAGAACGUACCAAUUUCAUCUUGUUAGCCCAAUUCCUUCUUCUCGCCCCCGCUUUCAGAUGGCCACGCUCAACCUUGCCACCCGUCACAUUCACCUUGUCCAAGUCAUUACGAUCCCGUGCACAAUAUAGCUUGGCAAUCAUGACCAUUCUUUCGCUUGUGACCACUGUGUAUCGCUGGCCGACUAGAAUGCCUCAACCACAUAGACCGGGUCCACGUAUCCUUCGAACUGGUAUCUGGACCGUUCACUUUGGUAUCGAUAAUGAAGGCAGAGAUAGUCAAAGACGUAUCAGAGAUUUGGUUCGGGACAUGCAGCUGGAUGUAUUCGGAUUGCUUGAAACGGAUCUACAUCGUCCAGUCUUUGGCAACCGCGACCUGACCCGUGUAAUCGUGGAAGAUCUGGGCUACUACGUAGAUAUUGGACCUGGACCGAAUAAACAUACAUGGGGCGCUGUACUUUUCUCCAAGUUCCCUAUCAUCAACUCUACGCAUCAUCUGCUACCAUCACCUCAUGGUGAAUUGGCCCCUGCAAUACAUGCCGUGCUGGAUGUCUUCGGUACCCCAGUAAACGUCGUAGUUGUGCAUAACGGACAAGAGGAAACUCCCCUAGAUCGCGAAUUACAGAGCAAGGAAGUGGCACGCAUUAUGUCGGAGACAUAUCCUCAGCCAUUUAUAUUCCUUGGAUACGUUGUCACUAAGCCUCACACACCUCGCCCCGCUCCAUACGAAAUUCUCGUUACCGACGGUCGUAUGCAUGACAUCGACCAAGCUGACCUCGACCGAUGGUGUGAAUACAUCCUGUAUCGCGGUCUCUACCGUACCGCGUAUGCUCGAGUCUCCAGGAGCACUAUUACGGAUACCGAGCUCCAGAUUGGCCAAUUCCAACUCCCCAAAUACGGGCACACCGUUACUAAUGAGACUGAACCAGCACGUUAUCUUCGUGCAUGGAGGGAAGAGAUGCCUGUUGACCACUGGUUCCCUGAUGAAUACUACCAGCAACGAGGUGGAGUGAGAGGGCACUAUUACCAUGUCUUCAAUACGCCACUGUACUAUAAACUGCCUGAAGCACAUCUUCACUUUCGCCUUUACCUUCAUCCACACUAUCGGUGUCCGGUUCCUCCGCAGACCCCUCUUCCUCUUCCUCGCUAUCGCCAUCUUCAUUGCUGUCCGCUUCUUCUUCGUCGCUUUCAACUGCUUCUUCUUCGGUCCCCUCCUCCUCUUCAGUGCUCUCCGUUUCAGCGUAGAACUUAUCGAGAUCUGUCCAAUCGCUCUUGCCAUUCUGUCGUACGAAAGAACCCGAGGGUGACGGUCCUGUGGGCGUGAGAAUAACGGGUGUAUUUUUGCUGGAUGAUGCUAUCGAGCGAGGAAUCGCAGACGGUAGUGGUUGAGCAUGGAUUGGGACUUGUGGCGCAUCAUAUUCGCUGUCUCGCAAAGAAGACUCUGUGCCUUCUUCCAGCCAAUCCGGAAGGUAUGAGUCGUAGGUCAGGUCCCUGCCAACGACGGCACUGAGGGAUCCGAGUAGCGCAUGUCUAUCAUCCACUACACAACGAAAACUUCCGUUCAGAUAUUGAGUCUGCGAAUGAAGCGUAGAAGCGUACCUGGAAUGCCGGUAUCUAGCGACACAUCUUGUUUGCCCUCGAAGAGCACCAUCUUGACUUGUUCUCUCCGAAGGACAACACCGCCUUGAUCCUCAUGACCAUCUUCAUCGGAAUGUAACACAGACGUAACCCCGGACAACAGCGAGCCGAGCAUACGAGCACGAUCCCGUACGUCAAAGUUCAGAUCGUAUCGUGCAAGAGAAAGUACAUAACGGUUCAAGAGACCUAACGUGCGAUCGCUUGGACAAAGUACCAAUAGCUUUGCAGCCAGGGUCACGGUUUGUAACUUCACAUACGGGGUCUACAAUUCGAACGUAUUAGAUGAUUCAAGGCGAUGAAUACCCUGUGCACACCUCUUUGGUAAAGAACCCUGCUGCUUUCCGUAGAACGUCAGGAGCCCACUCUGCAAUUCCCUCAGGACCCAAUUUGGCCUCAGUGCCCGCAUCAAUAGACGCAUACUGACCAACGAGCCAUAGAACGCACGCUCGUGCUUUAGGAUGACGUAUUUCUUCAAUCCGGUACGCGAGGCGGGAGAUGAUUGCCAUCGGAGAAUACGCUCCAGAUGUUGAGGCUAUUGUCAAGGUCUGGUGAUGGUGGAGACUGAGUUGCACUAAUGACUUCAGGACAAGCACCGCGUUUGCAACGACAGGAUCUGACCGACGCGAUAUGAGAGUAAGUAUGCACGUGUCACACAAGUUGGCGUACCAUGUUUGCUUUGAAUGAAUGACAUCAGGGCGGUCAAGCAC